CUUCACAGGAAAGCACGAAAGUGACAUCUGUGGAGGAGAGGAAUGUUACAGAGAAGGAUGAUGGACUUCAUGAGGCAGAACGAACAGAGCAAAGAAAGGAGAUUCUGCCCAGCAAUAUAACGAAUGAAGUUGUUGUGAAAGAGAAAGAAGAACUUCUACCUUCACAGGAAAGCACGAAAGUGACAUCUGUGGAGAAGAAGAAUAUUACAGAGAAGAGUGAUGGAAAAGAUGUCGAGAAAGAAACUGUAAUUCAAAAAGAAGUCCAAAAGAAUGUGUGUAAUAGCGACAUCAAAGAGGUUCGUAACGAAAAACAUCUUAAUGAAACAAUUGAAGACUUGAAACACCAAGUUGAUGACGUGAAAAACAAGAUGAAGGAAGAAAAAGCAAAGGCUGAAGAAACAAAUACUACGCCUAUCACUCAAGACGGUAAAGUCGUUGAAAAGACAGUUCCUGCUGUGACGCCGGCGAAGGUUGUUAGAAAGGAUGUGCCCUCGGUGGGAGAAGGAAAAGACUCCGUUGUGACUCGAGUUGUUAAACCUGUUACCCCUUCGGUGGUAGCAGAAAAGGUCCCCGUUGUGACAAAUCAGACCGUUGCUGAAAAGAUUCCCCCUACGGCGACGGAAGGAAAAGUCCACGUUGUUAAAGAAGAGAAAUUUAUUGAAAAGGUUGUGCCCUCGGUGACGGAAGAAAAACUCCCCGUUGUGACAAAGGAGAAGGUUGUUGAGCAGGCUGCCCCUUCGGUGACACAGGAGAUCGUAAGUGUCUCUAAGGAGCAGGCAGAACUUCCUCUCGCGGCAGAGGAGAAGAAGGUUAUUGAAAAGAUUAUCCCCUCGGUGACAGAAGGAAAAGUCCCGGUAGUCCCUCAACAGGAGGUUGUUGAAAACGUUGCCCCUUCGACGACAGAAGAAAAAGUUCCUGUUGUGACACAAGAAAGGGUUAUUGAGCAGAAUGUCCCACAAGAAAGGGUUAUUGAACAGUCUGUCCCACAAGAAAGGGUUAUUGAAAGGGCUGUCCCACAAGAAAUGGUUAUUGAACAGUCUGCCCCACAAGAAAGGGUUAUUGAACAGAAUGCCCCACAAGAAAGGAUUAUUGAACAGAAUGCCCCACAAGAAAGGGUUAUUGAACAGUCUGUCCCACAAGAAAGGGUUAUUGAAAGGGCUGUCCCACAAGAAAGGGCUAUUGAACAGGCCGCCCCUACGGUGACAGAAGGAAAAGUUCCUGUUGUGACACAAGAAAGGGUUACUGAACAGAAUGCCCCACAAGAAAGGGUUACUGAACAGAAUGCCCCACAAGAAAGGGUUACUGAACAGAAUGUCCCACAAGAAAGGGUUACUGAACAGAAUGCCCCACAAGAAAGGGUUACUGAACAGAAUGCCCCACAAGAAAGGGUUACUGAACAGAAUGCCCCACAAGAAAGGGUUAUUGAACAGAAUGCCCCACAAGAAAGGGUUAUUGAACAGAAUGCCCCACAAGAAAGGGUUACUGAACAGAAUGUUCCACAAGAAAGGGUUAUUGAAAGGGUUGCCCCACAAGAAAGGGCUAUUGAACAGGCUGCCCCUACGGCGACAGAAGGAAAAGUUCCUGUUGUGAUAAAAAAGGAGGUUACUGAACAGGCUGCCCCUUCGGUUACAGAAGAGAUUGUCACUGUUUCUAAAGAGAAAGAAGAAGUCCCUGUUGUAACAGAGGAAAAGGUUCCCGCUGUGAGAAAUGAGACAGUUAUUGAAAAGAUUACUCCUUCCGUAACAGAAGAAAAAGUUGUCAAUCAACGGAAGGUUGUUUCUUACGAAGAUGCGACAGAAAAUCAGGAAAAUCAAGUUACUGGAGAUGAAGAAACGGACAAAACUGAAUUGAAGUUUAUCAUCACCAUACAAGAGAGAAUAGUCCGUGAACAGACAGUCUCGAUCAUACCCGUGAUGGACAAGGACGCCAACACAAGAAGGAAUGGAAAAGUGGCGAAGAAACAACUGAAAAGAAUAAUGAAGAAGGUGGCCCGCGCCGUACGGGAAGAAUUAAGCAAGGAGCACAAGACAGCAGGGGAGGGACAGUAGCAGGAGAAGCUGUAACCAGUGUGAGGGAACAGGCUGCCACUCUCCACCAAACCGACAGCCACCACCACCAAAAUGUCCCCUCAACACCCAGCUGCUUGCGAUGGGAUCCCUAAGAAAGUGUUCCAUAUUUUCUUGUCUUUUCUUAUCUAUCUAUCUUAC